AUGAUAGUGUCUGCUGGUAGAGACUCUGAAAUUAAGCUUUGGGAUCCGAAAUCAGGGAAGGAGGUAUACACGAUUCAGUCACAUUAUAAUGUCAUUAACAAGGUUCCCUGGAAUAAGAAUAGUAAUUGGUUCCUGAGUGGGUCUAAAGAUACCUCGAUCAAGAUCUACGAUGUUAGGGUCAUGAAAGAUUUCAUAACUUCCCAGGCUCAUGAAGAUGAAAUUAACGAACUUGAAUAGCAUCCAGACUGCGAAGAGCUCUUUGUCAGUGGAGGAGGUGAUGGAAUGGUAGUAUUCUGGAUGGCAAAUGAAGAUGAAGCUUACUAUAAGAUUGAUAAAGCACAUUACAGAGCAUGCUGAGACCUUGUUUGGCACUCUAUGGGAAACUUCCUAGCAACCGCAGUCAAGACCAAAACCUGGUGAAGGAUUUGAAGAUCCAAAAAUUAGGCUUGGUGAACGGCGUUGCUGAAAUAAACCAAGCAAAGCCUGCAGGUAUGUAUGGAGGAUCUAAACUAUUUGCUGAUAAGAGCUACAUCAGCCACAAAGAAGCCCAGUCGUUGGCUAAGAGUAAGGAGAACCUCCAGAGAAGUUCUAAAAGAAUGUAGCUCUUACAAUGCAUGAACUCUAAUAUCUUCAAUAUUUAUGAACUAAUUUUUGAAAAUAUCAAU